UCACGGGCUUAAAAAAAAAAACACAAGCCGUUUUUAAUCUCUUAAAAAUAUUAUCCCCUUCCCCUGACUCAACAAUUACUCCACAGAAAUAAAACUCCAGCUUAUGGAGUACCAUUUUAUCCAGAAUUUCGAUCAACCACUGUAGAGAUGUUGCAGGAACUUAUGAAAUGAAAAUGUCGAAGGAUUCGAAAGCAGCGCUGAAGGAGGCAAAAUCCCUGAUCAGAGAGGGUAGUUACAGCGAGGCCCUGAAGAUCUGCCAGCGUCUCCUGAAGGAAGACAAGAACAACUACCAAGCGCUGCUGGGCCUGGCCGGUGCGAUGAAGGGCCUGGAGGACUACAAGUCCCAGGUGCCGCUGGCCCUGCGAAAGGCCGUCGAGCUCCAGCCGGAGAAUCCCCUGGCGUACCAGGGCCUCGCCGCCUUCUACGAGAAAGAACCCGACGACCCCGAGACCUGGAGCGAGCUGAUCCCGACCUACUGUCAGCUGAUGCGACUGGACAGAGCAUCUCCCAGACUCUCCACCUACAUCACCGAGACGUCUCGCCUGAUGCUGAGGCUGAAGGACCCAUUCCUGACGAGUCAGUCAAUCGCCUCCUUCUGGGCUCUGCGGAGUGACUCCUGCCGAGAGCAUGCGACCAGCAUAGACGAGUGCCUGGGGACUAUUUUCCUGAAAUUCCCAGAGCUCUCGCAGGAGUAUCCUGAGGUCCACCAGGCGUCCCUGGCGUCGAUCACAGACAACGAGUCGUUCCCAUACCACCACGAGUGCUCCAGGCAAUACCUGAAGCUGCUGUUUGCCUCGAGGAAAUUCGACUGCCUCCUGAGCGCAGCUGCCAAGAUGCACCACACGUACCCGAGGGACUUGGCCCCCCUGGAGUGGAUCUGCAGAGUCUACUCCGAGCAGAAGGUGCUCGAGGGUCUGGACUUCUGCAGGGGAAUGCAGAUUGACUUUUUCUACAACGAUCUUCUCCAAGCGGACGAGGGAUCGUACCUGGGGCUCUUCGCGAAGGCCAUGCACCUCUGGCAGGAGAGCAACGUGAUCGACGCGAGGGAUUUGUUGAAUCAGGCUGUCUCCACGAAUCCUAAGCAGUUCUAUGCGUGGAUUGCCCUGGCUGAAGCCAAUAAAAGCCUCUACUGCUGGGGGGAUGCGGAGAGUGCAGCUGCGGAGGCCUCGAGACAUCUGAAGAACAAACAUGAGGAGCUGCAGCGAAGGGUUGAUAUGAUUUUUGUUGAGGCCGUUGUCAGAGGGGGCAACAGGAGUAAGUGCCCUGAUGCUGUGGAGAUCUGUGGGAAAUUGAUGGAGGGGGGGACUUUGAAGGGCGUGAAGCCACUGGUGGCCAGGGCGAAGGCACUUCUGGGGGAUCCAGGUGUCUGGAGUCUGCUGGAUGAGCUUGAGAAUGACCCUGAGACCCAGGCAGAGGGCGCCAUGCUGCGAGCGCUGGUGCUGAAGAGCGAGGGGCGGUGUGAGGAGGCUGUGGAUGUGCUUGGGGGCGUCUUGGAGACCGCCGAGGCCUGGUUCAUGUUUGGGGAGAUCAACUGGGCGUUGUCCAACUUCAGUCAUGCACUCAUGGCGUUCUUGAAGGGCGUACAUGCGGACCCGAAUCACUGGCAGUGUCUCAUGUAUCUGGGGCAUUAUUAUAGGGAGAGAGGCGGCGAUCUGGAGAAGGCGAGGAAGUGCUAUCAGAAGGCCCUGAGGAUCAAUCCGAACAGCGAUGAGGCGGGCGCCGGGCUCAGCACUGCUUAUCGAUUGCUGAAGAAUAGUGAGGCAAAUAUGCAGAUGCUCCAGCGAGUGACUACCGUCGAGGGUGGAGGACCCAAAUGGGCUUGGCUGCAGCUCGGUCUGCAGCAAUUGGACGAGGGUGAGAUAGCCCAGGCGAUCAAGUCCCUGAGGUACGUGAUAAGGGCUGAUCCCAACGACAAUCACUGCUGGGAAUCACUGGCUGACGCCUACUGGGCUAGAGGGGCCCACACCUCAGCCCUGAAGUCCUAUCAGCGAGCCCUGGAGCUCUCCCCAGGCUCCCUCUACCCCAUGAUCCAGAUUGCGAACAUAAAUCUGGUGCUGGGGAGGCACGUCGAAGCCAAAGCCGCAUUUCUGCAGGUGCUCACCCAGGAGCAGAGGUACAUUCCCGCCCUCAAGGGCCUCGCGGAGACCUGUCUCGGUCUCGCGAGGGAAAACUCGAGGGCCCAAUUAGUGGGGAGAGCUCUCAUGAACAUUCAGCAGGCUGUCGACAGCCUCACCGACGCCAUCGUCGAGAACUCCAAUCUCUCGUGCCUCUGGAAGCUACUCGGUGAUGCUUGCUACAGGGUAGCGACAUUCCCACCUGAAUACUGCUCUCUAGCAGUGGCUGGGGGACUUGUUAAAGCUGAUUGUCUCCAAAAGAAAGUUCACAUUGGAAGGACUGAGCUGUUCACACUCUCCUCGAGGAGUUUCUGCCGAGCCUUGAGUCUCUCCAAAGACUCCUCCUUCCUCUGGCACGACCUGGCCUGCUGCUACCUCUCGCAGCUGCGGCUCGACCCCUCCGUCGACUCAUCGGCGACCGCCGAGAAGAGCCUGGCAGCAGCCAAACAGGCGGUUCGCCUGAACCCCUCCACCUGGGUCCACUGGAACGUCCUGGGGGUCAUCUGCAUGACCGAGGAGAUAAAGAACUACGCCCUGGCCCAGCACUGCUGGGUGAUGGCAAUCGACAGAGAGCCGAACAACGCCAUCGCCUGGACGAACCUGGGGACCCUCUACCUCCACCUGGGAGACCCCUACAAGGCCAACGAGGCCUUCUCGAGGGCCCAACGGGCGGACCCAGAGUACGAGAACAGCUGGAUCGGCCAGGGGCUCAUCGCAGAGUCCGUUGAGAGGAAGGAGGCCAUGGAUUUGUUCAGGCACGCCACACAACUCGGGUAUCAUCCUCAAGCUGCUGUUGGAUAUGCCCACUGGGUGCUCACCACCAUACUCGACCCCGAUGCCAAGAAGGAUCCUCUUUACAGCUACACUAUUGUCAAUAUGCACGCCAUCCCUGUCGCCAUUGAUGCCAUGACGUGGUACAUUCAGAGGGAACCUGAUUCUACGUAUGGGAGAAACGCCUUAGGUUUGUUACUGGAGCGUCAGAAACUGUUGCGGCCGGCAGCAGAGCAGUUCUCGGCGGCCCUGCGCCUCUCCGAGGAGGCCCUCUCCCCCGAGAAUCACCAGGACAUGGUCCGCGUGAACUACGCUCGAGUUCUGGUCCAGCUAGGGGAGUACGAGAAGGCUGUGAAGAUCUGCCAGGGCACGAAGACCCCGAGCUUCCGGUCUCACUGUCAGCUGGCGCUGGCGCUGUUCAAGGCCGCGAGGUACGAGGAGUCCUACGAGGCGUAUGGGGCCGCUCUCCAGUGGCUGGCAGACGCCGGCUCCGACGAGGCCCACGUGCUCUGCGCCAUGGCAGCCAUGGCCUACAUGUUCCAGGGUGUCGACCAGGUAAAGACCCUCCUCUACCAGUGCAUCCAGAUCCAGCCGCCCAUCGUCGCUGGACUCCUCGCCUCUGCGGCCCUCGGACUCCUCCACGAGGACUACAAUCUCAGUGCUCUCGUUCUCAAUGAGCUGCAGGCCUACAAGGACGAUCCUGAGUACAGACACCACGUGGCCAUCCUCACAGCUUACUCCUGUCUCACCAAUGGCGAUGUCGGGGGGGCUGUCAGGGUCAUCUCCAAGGCUGUACACCGACAUCCCGAGGACGUGGGGUCCUGGGUGGGACUCGUGAGGAUUCUACUCGAGACGAACUACGCCAGUUUUGGAAACUGCGCGCAGAAGACGCUGUUCCUGGGGAGGAAAACGUCCACCGUUGCUGUCGCUCAGGUCGCCUGCAUCUCUUCUUUGGGGCAGUUGGCCACUGACCAGGGGAAGGGGCUCAGGGCUGCCCAGAAGACUGUUCACUCCUUCCCCGGGAGCGUCGAGAGCUGGGCCAAUCUUGUUGCUGCACUGUCCUCCAGAUGUGGAGAGAAUAAUUCAACACCAAAAACCAGUUGGUUGGCAAAUCUUAUCCAGAUAAUUAGAAAACAAUUUAAAAAUACACCAGUGAUGGACGAGUGGCUCACGGAUAACUACAAUCAAUUAUUAAAAAUGACAGCAGUCCAUUAGUUUUUGUAAUCACACUGGAGGUAUUUUUACGUGAAACAUUGAAAAUUACACUACAUAACUCGAUGAUGGAGUCGAAAAAAUUUCGUGGUGGUUCUGGUUAAAUUAUGAGUUGUACUCGUGUUGUACUCGUGUCUCUGCCAAGGGGUAAUUUUCGUCUGUCCAAUUGGUAAGUAUUCUUCUGAGGUGGUUUCUGCUUCUUCCAAACGUCUAUUGGGUUGGAGAUGUAUGCGUCGAGGGUCUGUAUCAAAUUUCAAAACAAUUUAUCUAUUAUUAACAUCUUCAAACAUCGAAAUUUCAAUUUUCCUCUUCAUUAUUGCAUUGAAUUCAUUCAUUCAUUCAUAAAAAAAAUAUAU